CGUGGCACCGGUAAUCAGUUCAGCCCCGUUUGUUGUUGAGAGAAGUCUAUUGUGCGUGAAACCUUAUCUUCUAAAAUGGGAAAAAUAAAAGGUGGUGCCGUUGUUGAAAUGCAAGGAGAUGAGAUGACAAGAAUCAUCUGGGAUUUGAUCAAGGAAAAGUUAAUUAAUCCGUUUGUGGAUUUAGAGAUACAUUCAUAUGAUCUUGGUAUAGAACACAGAGAUGCUACUGAUGAUCAAGUUACAAUUGAUGCAGCCAAUGCUAUUCGCAAGUAUAAUGUUGGUAUUAAAUGUGCUACUAUAACUCCUGAUGAGAAAAGAGUAGAAGAAUUUAAACUUAAAAAGAUGUGGAAAUCACCAAAUGGAACAAUUCGAAAUAUUUUAGGGGGAACCGUAUUCCGUGAAGCCAUUAUAUGUAAGAAUAUUCCACGUCUUGUACCAGGUUGGACUAAGAGUAUUGUUAUUGGGCGUCAUGCUUUUGGGGAUCAGUAUAAAGCAACAGACUUUGUGGUUGGUGGAGCUGGUAAAUUAGAGAUGACCUUCACCCCUGCUAAUGGUGGGGAGAAACAACAAUACACAGUUUUUGACUUCAAGGAAUCUGGUGGUGUUGCUAUGGGAAUGUACAAUACUGAUGCUAGUAUCACCGAUUUUGCUCACAGUUCAAUGAAGUUUGCUUUACAAAAGGAAUGGCCUCUUUAUUUAAGUACAAAAAACACAAUUUUAAAGAAAUAUGACGGUCGAUUUAAAGAUAUCUUCCAGGAGAUUUAUGAUAAUCAAUAUAAGAAAGAGUAUGAAGCUAAGGGUAUAUGGUAUGAACAUCGAUUAAUAGAUGAUAUGGUAGCUUAUGCUAUGAAAUCUGAAGGUGGAUUUGUUUGGGCAUGUAAAAACUAUGAUGGUGAUGUACAGUCUGAUUCUGUAGCUCAAGGAUUUGGAUCACUGGGUAUGAUGACAAGUGUUUUGAUUUGUCCUGAUGGUCAAACUGUAGAGGCUGAAGCUGCUCAUGGUACCGUUACUAGACAUUAUAGAUUCCAUCAACAAGGAAAAGAAACAUCUACAAACCCUAUUGCAUCUAUAUUUGCAUGGACAAGAGGUUUAGCUCAUCGUGCUAAAUUAGAUAGCAACAGUGAAUUAGAUAGAUUUGCUACUAAUUUAGAACAAGUUUGUGUUGAGACAAUUGAAAAUGGAAGUAUGACCAAAGAUUUAGCUAUAUGUAUAAAAGGAAUGAGCAAUGUAAAAAGAGCAGAUUAUUUGAAUACGUUUGAAUUUUUGGACAAAUUAGCUGAAAAUUUGACCAAGAAAAUGUCCAGUUGACUUUCACAAUCAUCUAGUAAAUUAUAAUAUUUUGUUUAUUUGUUAGUGUAUUUAGGAGAUAGUACACAGAAUUUAUCAUAUACAUUUUUUACCAUACACAUACAUGGAUUAAUUAGUUAUAUCUAAGGCCAUAUCAAAAAAAUAUUCCGAUUCUCAGAUAAUCCAGCAUCACUUGAUAAGAGCUGCAUUACCUGUUUUUAUUUCAAAAAAUAAAAACAGUCCCAUUAAUUACCACAUGUAAAUAAUUUACCCCAGAUACAGGAAGUAACUUUAUAAAUCUUUUUAAUUAAUCCACAGUCUCUGAUCAAUGUUAAUGACAACUAUAAAUGAUACUAGAUAAUCAUACAAUCCUAUAAACGGAUAAAUGUAUUGCCUUGAAAUGUGAUUUAGCCAAAUAAUGAUCCUUUGACAAAAUAAAAACCUGCCUUCUGCAUCAGAUAUUUGGUAAGGAUUGUCUGAGAACCAGAAUAUAUUUUUUGUAUGGCCUAAGGUUGUGGUAAAUGAUGGUGGAGCUGAUUGCAGUCCUAUAAAUAUCAAAGCUGUAAUUUUUAGCAUCUAGUCAAGACACAGAUUGAAAAUAAACACCUGAUUUUGGAAGUGUAUUACCUUAUUUAAAAAUUUGAGAAUUCAGAAUCACUCAAGUAUGACUAGUUAAAGUAGGAAUAUUGUAGGCCUAUACAUGUACAGCUUUUAGUCUUUAUGUUAAGGCCAUAUAUAAAAAAUAUUCUGUUUCUCAGAUAAUCCUGCAUCACCCGUUUUAUUUCAAAAAAUAAUAACUGUCUCAUUAAUUAGUGCAUGUAAAUGUUUUACCCUGUCACAGGAAGUAGCUCUAAAAUGAUUCCGGAAAUGUACAUAGGUUCAUUUAUCAAGUACACAACUCUGAUAAAUGAUACUGACAAUCAUAAUUGAUACUGGAUAAUCAUACAUUUCUAAUAAACUAGAUAAUGAGAUAAAUGUAGUGCCUUGACUUUAAAUGCAAUGUUUAUGAGAUGUCACAUAACCCAGUAGUGAUCCUUUGACAAAAUAAAAACACAAAAAAAAAUCCCCUACCCUUCCGCAUCAGAUUUUUUAGUAAGGAUCGUCUGAGAGCCAGAAUAUUUUUUUUGUAUGGCCUUAUUAAAAUAUUUUUAAAGUUUUUAUAGAUAUUAGUUUUGGAAAAUAUGAAUAUUGCUGUAUCAAAUAAUCAAACUACCACAGCUUAUAUUGAUUUAUUAAAUUUGCACAUAUUGGUAAUAAAUUUUCUUUGUUGGAAAGCGUUGAGUUUGAUAGAUUAAAUUCUGUCAUCAAUAGCUUUCUUAGGGACUGUCACAAAAUUUCACCACUUGUAUCCAAACGAAUAAUCCGUAUAACAUGGUGAGUGGAUAAAAAAUGACAGAUUAAAUGUCGGUUAUUUUGUAUUAAACACACAUCAAAAUCCAUUUGUAUCAACAUUUUCUUAUUCUGUUGGUGCAGGUGGGUGUACGGGGCUAGAUCUAUCCACGGUUUUUCGGUUAUUCGUUUGAAUGCAAUCAGCAAGUGUUGAAGUUUUGAGAUGGUCCCUUAUUAUCUGUAGUGUUACAUUAUGUCCUAAAGUCACUUCUAAAAGCUUAUAGUGUUCCAGCAUCAACAUUUGGUAAAAAGAUGAGUUUCAUUUUUCUUUAAAUUCAGCGAAUGUUUUAUGUCUUGGAUGAUCAUUCUUGAGAUCUCAUUGAAUUAAACUGCCCAAUUAUUAAUUAUUAAUCAAACUGCCCAAUUAUUUUACAUCAUUUUAAUUAAUUAAAUUAUUAAUUCUCAUGAAAUAUCCAUUUAAAUCCACAUUAUUGUAUGCCAAAGAUUCAUGCAUAAACUUUUUCACGAAUUGUAAAAUCUCUAAUCAAUUAUAGUUUUUGUUCUUCAGGAAUGCCUAUUAAAAUUUAUCUUCCUAUUUCAUCUGGAAACAAAAUAUAAGUUUUUUAAAAAAAAAGUACUUGGUUGUUCUUCUCAAACCGUUUAGUUCAACAUUUUGAAGUUUUGAAAUUUUAAACAAAACAUUGUUCACAAGCUAGACUUGAGAUCUGGAAGAUCCCAAUAACAUGGUGUAUGUACUUAACAAAUGCUAGCUUAAAUUUAAUGGACUAACUUUUGUACCAGUAUUUUUUCUGUAAUGUUCAUGAGUAAGAGCUCCAUUUAAUAUAUAUACUGUUAAUGUAUCUAUCAUUUAUUUGUUGAAAAGUCUGGUCAAAUGGACAAUAAAACCACCUUUGUUUUAGCAAGCAAAUAACCACAUAUAAAUAUUGCAGUGACAUUUUUCCAUUUCCAUAUUUAUGCUCAAUGAUCCUUCCUACAUCUAACUCUUGUGUAUAUGAGCUCCAUUUAAUUUAUCUGCUGUCAAUUGAAAUGCUUCUGCCGUUUAUUUGCAUUGUACACUUAUAGUGGUUUAUCUUCAUUCCUGUAAGUAAUUAAACAUGUUUUAUAAGAGCAGGGUAUGCUGUUUACACUGGUACUUUCUGAAACACUUGAUACCACUUCCCGUUUAUUUUGGGAGUCACAUUGCUAAAAAUGUUUUCUUUUACCUUUUAAAAUUAAAGCUAGUCUUAAUAAUUUAUCCUUGUUAAUAUAUAUUAGAUUGGCUGGUUAUAUCACACUAUUUUACACUAAGAUUUAUAUAAUUAGAUUUACUUUCAAAUCUUUCAAUAAAUAUACAAUAUUAUGAAUAUUACUGUAUUUAUUUACAUGGUUUACCUAAUACAAAAACAUAA